GUGAGUAUUCUUGAACCAUGCAGAAAAUGAAGCUGAUUGUCGCCGUCUUGUGGAGCGUUUUCGCCGCCAGCGGCGCCUUCGAGUUGUUCGGCGAGUCGGAAAAGUUUUCAGACCUUCCAAGCCUGAUUCCGAUCAACUUCGGGCCGAAUUACAACCGCGAUGCCGUUUCCAGGAGCAUUGCCUCGUGGAAGCCAGGCAGCGGAAGGAACAUUUGGGAGCUGAGCGGCCUCCGCGAGGGAGACAUCAUGGACUCGGCCGACAAGGGUAGAAACGUCAUCAUCGACCCCAAGUACAACUGGCCCAAUAAUACCAUGGUCUACAGGCUUAUGUCUGGAAUGACCUCAAAGGAAAAGAUGGUGGUGAAGGAGGCAAUGGAGUUGAUCAUGCAGGGCUCGUGCUUGAAAUUCCGUCCGUACCGCCACGGCGACCGCGACUACGUGUACAUCCAGUACAACGACACCGGCUGCUGGUCGCUAAUCGGGCGCCAGGGUGGCGCCCAGCCCGUCAAUCUGCAGAGGGACGCCUGCUUCAUCCCCGGCCCGGCGGCGCACGAGUUGUUGCACGCCGCCGGAUUCGAACACCAGCACAGCGCCCCUGACAGGGAUGCCUACGUGUAUAUUAAUUAUACUAACAUCGAGGAAGCCGACUAUGAACAGUUUGAGAAACUCUCCGCCGACGAGUACUCGGAAAUGGGGGUGGGCUACGACUACGACAGCUUGAUGCACUACUCCAGAUCGGCCUUCUCCAAGAACGGCGAAGACACCAUCAUCCCCUACGAAGAUGUGGAGAUCGGACAGCAGGAAUACGUGUCGGACAAGGACUACCGCAAGCUGAACGUGAAGUACAACUGCCACUACGACGCAGACGACGACUCUGGCGUUCAUCACGGCGAGUGGAACCACGAGGGCAACGGAGGCGGCUCCCCGCAAAACAGCGAGCACGGCAACACGGGCCCCAACAACGGCAACAACCACGCCGGUGGCAACGGCAACGGCGGCAUUUUGACCAAUAUGUUUGGCUGA